UUCGACACUAUCCAAAACGAUCCAGAAUUUAGGAUACUCGGUAAUAUCUGCGUAUUGCGUAAAUAUAUGUUCUUACGGCAAUCUUUAUGUAGUAGUUCCGAACAUAAGACAGAAAUUUCGAAAACGCGUAUAAGGCAACAUUUCCAUAAUCGAGGGAAGGAAUCUACUACUCUUCUAUGGUCUUCCACUACUUCGCACUGCACCACACUGCUCCACACCACUACUCUGCUACUCGUAUUUCAGACCGUUGCGUUUCUGGCAGUUCCUGGAGCAGAUCGGAGCAGAUGUUGCUCAGUGUUACUAUCAACUAUGUAUUCACCAUUGUCGCCAAAAGCUGGUCUCAGUUCUGAAUUAAGGAAAAUGAUAGAUGAAAGAAAUAUGUUGAGUAUGCGGAGCCGUAUGAAAGUUUUACAUGCUUUGAAUGAAGAUAAUGAGAGGUACACAGAAGAAAGGGAAAGAAUUCUAAGAUUAUUAGCCAUUCAAGAAAUAUUGACAACAGAAGUCACUUAUUUACAACAGUUGGAAAUUUUGGCAGAGUUUUUUAUAAAACCUAUUCUUGAAAGAAAAUUGUUGGAUCAUCAAUUACUUGUCACUUUAUUGGAGAAUAUAAAGACACUGUACAAUGUGAGUGGGGAACUGGUGGAAGGAUUAAAACAUAAUCCUGAUAAUAUAAGUCAAGUAUUUCACAAACUUGCACCAUUCUUCAAGUUAUAUUCUGUUUAUGCUUAUGAUUAUACACAAGUGCUAAAUCUAUUGCAGACAAAUGAAGAAAGUAAUCCUGUUUUUAAAAAAUUUAUUUCUGAUCAAGAAACAAGACCAGAAGUGAGCAAAAAAUUGUCUUCAUUACUAAUUACUCCAGUGCAAAGAGUACCAAGAUAUCAAUUACUCGUUAAGGAAGUAUUACAACAUACUCCUUAUAGACAUAAAGAAUAUAAAUUGUUACAAGCAUGUUUGGUUGAAAUCGAAAAAUCCACAAAGCAUAUAAAUACCUUGAUCGCACAGACCGAAGAAACACAAAAAUUAUUGAAUCUGCAAAAGUGCAUUGUUACUUCAAUCAAUCUUGUCAAACCUGGUAGAAUAUUAAUUAAACAAGGACCACUGAUGCGUGUCUCAAGACGGGGCAAUUCUGUUUAUAAAAGAUAUUUUGUUCUUUUAAAUGACAAUUUACUAUAUUGCAAGGGUGAACCAGAAACUUCAUUAAGUGUAUCUUGCGUCCUUCCAUUAAACAAGUGCAGAUUAACUUGUAUUGUGAAUAAAAAAUUAUUCCGUAUAACGUGUUUGCAUGAAACAUUUCUGUUAUACUCUGAAAAAAAUGACUGCGGCGAAUGGAUAGAAUCUAUACAAAGUGCUAUCGGAAAAUACACCGAAUGUAGACAAACUUUAAGAAAGGAAAGCAGUUCAAGAAAGCCGCUUAGGCAUAAAAAUAUUAAUAAAUUUUCAUCGAAUGAUAUAUUGAAGAAAUCCAUUAAGAGGAAAAGAUAUACAGAGGAGGAACAGGUAUCACUGGAUUCUUCCAACAUUAUAUACUUUGAAAAGAACAACAAGACAGCAGAGAUUGGCGCUCAAAGAAAAGACAUUGAUUUACCUUUUGGUUCCAAGAUAAAAAAAUCUAAACAAAAUGAUUAUUCGAAAGACGACAAUAUUGCUUUUCGAGUGAAAAAUAUGAACUUGAAAUUAUGUAAAAGUAGAAAUAGGCAAAGUGUACCUGAAUAUAUGGGAAAAUCAUGUAAUAAUGAUCCUGCUAUCGAGGAUUUAGCAACAACGAAAGAAAAUGGACCAAGCCCAUGUUUAACAACUUCGAGUAUGAACGAACAUACGUCAUCGUCAUUUUCAAUAAUCAGUAAAUUUUUUAUGUACAUCCGUACAUCUAUAACCGAUUUGUUUACAUUCAGAUAAUUGAAUAUGUAUUGUGUGUUGUAACACAAGAAAAAUAAGAAAUAAAUAAAUUAUUUAUAAAUACCGAAAUUGUUUAAUUUGUAUUAAAAAUGAACGAUUUAGAGAUUAAAAAACGAGGUGCCACGUUUUAUUUGUUCCAUAUGUGUCCAUAUUAAUUGUUCGCUUAAACAAGAAAACUUUUUGUCUUUCUAAAGACAAAAAGAAAUGAGUACAAUGUCAACUGUAAACUUAAAUAAAAAAUUAUGCUAAUAUUAUAUACAUUGUAUUUCAGUUUGCAUAAUAAUAAUGAAAUAUAGGAAGAAAAACUAUAUGUCAUGACGAUAUCGUCUAAAUUCUUCAAUCCUUAUCUGAACUUACGAUAAUGUCGUACCUCUUCGCAGCUUUUCUAAUAUUCACUUUAUCUAAUAAUAUAUUAAUUAUUAAUAAUAAUAAAACUAUUUGCCUAUUAAUUUGCUAUCAUAGAUUUUUUGUUUCUCGAUUCUUCGAUACACAUAUAUUUAGACAUUUUUUAAAGCUUUAGUUUUGAGUUUCAAGAUUCUUAAAAUAUCAAUUUUUCAAGAUUUUUGAAAUCUUUUAGGAAUUUUGUUUAGUUUUUGAAUCUUCGAUUCUACAAACAAUUUUAAAGCACAUUAUAAAUUAAAUCUUUUCAGUUUUCUAAAAUUUUUAAUUUUAUAUUUUAUCCUGAAUUCUUAAACUACUUAAUUUUUCACGUAUAAAUUCUCACGAAUUUUAAACUCUCAUAGAAUUUUUAUACUUUUUAUUGUAACAUACUGAAUAUUCAGUAAAAAGUAUUUUGAUAUU